AUGGCUGACCCCUGCUACUCUAGGACUUGUGUUAUUGCCGCGUCCACCCUGUCCGUCUGCUCCAGUGACCUGAGCCGUGGCAGCCGCGUCUGCUCACCCAGUGCUUGCACUGGAUCCUCCUGGCAGGUGGACAGUUGCCAGGAGAGCUGCUGCGAGCCCCCGAGCUGCGCCCCGGCCCCCUGCCUGACCCUCCUGUGCGGCCCCUCCUCCCCCUGCCAGGGAGACUGCUGCACCCCUGCGUGCUGCAAGCCCGUCUGCUGCACCCCUAGUGCUCUUAUGAGUCUGUGCUGCACCCCUGUGUGCUGCAAGCCCGUGUGCUGCACUCUGUCUGUCUGCAAGCCCGUCUGCUGCACCCCUGCAUGCUGCAAGCCCGUCUGCUGCACCCCUGUGUGCUGUGAGGACUCCCCCUGCUCACGCCCCUCCUGCUGCCAGCCCGGCCAGACUCCUCGCUGCAGAUCUCCUCUGCCUUGUCCCGUGUCCCAGGCCGCCUGUUGCUGCACCCCUGUGUGCUGCAAGCCUGUCUGCUGCACCCCUGUGUGCUGCGAGGACUCCCCCUGCACAACCUCUUCAUGCUGCCAGCCCGCCUGCUGCACCUCCUCCCCCUGCCAGGAAGACUGCUGCACCCCCGUGCACUGCAAGCCUGCCUGUCUGCACCCUGUCUGUUGCAGGCCCGUUAACGCACUCUGUCUGCUGGGACUCCCCUGCUCACCCCCCUCCUGUUGCCAGCCCAGCCCCUGCUGCAGACCCUCCUCCUGCGUGUCCCUGCUCUGCCGCCCCGUGUGCAGGCCUGCCUGCUGUGCCCCUGCCUCCUCCUGCUACCGCCCAGCCUCCUGCGUGUCCCUGCUCUGCCGCCCCGCGUGCCCCAACCCUGCCUGCUGCGGCCCCGCCUCAGGCCAGUCCUGCUGCUGA